GGGAGCUAGGGAGCACGUUACGUGAGUACGUGCGAGAGUAAAGGCAGGAUUGCAGGAAUAGACGGUGGACUUUGUUUGCGCGUGUUGGCGGGUGUGAAUUUUCUGACUGUGGUGUAGAGUUGGAACCUCAUGGCGGAGAUAAUCCAGGAACGCAUAGAAGAUCGGCUCCCCGAAUUGGAACAGCUGGAGCGCAUCGGCUUGUUCAGCCAUGCGGAGAUUAAAGCUAUCAUUAAGAAGGCUUCGGAUCUAGAAUACAGAAUACAGCGAAGAGCCCUUUUUAAGGAAGAUUUUAUCAAUUAUGUUCAAUAUGAAAUUAAUCUUUUGGAGCUGAUUCAGAGAAGAAGAACACGCAUUGGGUAUUCAUUUAAGAAGGACGAGAUUGAGCAUUCUAUCGUAAGACGAAUACAAGGCGUCUUCCGACGUGCUUCAUCAAAGUGGAAGGAUGACGUUCAACUGUGGCUGUCAUAUGUGGUCUUUUGUAAGAAAUGGGCUACCAAAGUUCAACUUAGCAAGGUAUUCUCUGCUAUGUUGGCCAUUCAUUCAAACAAGCCAGCUUUGUGGAUUAUGGCAGCCAAAUGGGAAAUGGAAGAUCGCUUGUCUUCAGAAAGUGCAAGACAGCUAUUUCUUCGGGCUCUGCGCUUUCACCCAGAGUGUCCAAAACUUUAUCAAGAAUACUUUAGGAUGGAGCUGAUGCAUGCUGAGAAACUGAGAAAGGAAAAGCAAGAAUUUGAAAAAGCCAAAAUGGAAGUGGAGAAUCUUGAUUAUGCUGAAGAAAUCCUUGCUGGUGAAUUGGCACGGAUCAUCUACAAAAACUCUGUAAGCAUAAUUAAAGGUGCAGAAUUCCACAUGUCAUUGCUUUCAAUUGCACAGCUAUUUGACUUUGCCAAGCAUUUGCAAAAGGAAAUUUAUGAUGACCUUCAGGCCCUACACACAGACGACCCUCUCACUUGGGACUAUGUGGCACGGCGAGAAUUAGAGAUCAAGUCCCAGCCAGGAGAAGAGCGGCCUGUAACGAAACAAGCCAAAGCAGCAGAGGUGGGCCGGAAGGAGGAGAGGUGCUGUGCUGUAUAUGAAGAGGCAGUGAAGACUCUGCCCACAGCGGCCAUGUGGAAGUGUUACAUCAACUUUUGUAUGGAGAGAUUUAGUAAGAAGACAAACAGUGAAUUCCUCAGAGAGAAGAGGCUGGAAAGAACCAUAAUGGCGUUCAGAAAGGCACAUGAGCUCAAGCUUCUGCCAGAAUUCCAAUACAAGCAGUGGAUUGAGUUGCUGCUGCACCGUGACUUAUUUAAGGAAGCCCUGGAGGUGGCUGGCGCCGGGGUUGAAUUGUUCAGAGACUCUGUGACAAUGUGGCAGAUGAAGCUACAGGUGCUGAUUGAAUCAAAGAGCAGCGACAUAGCCGUGCUGUUGGAAGAAGCCUUUGCACACCUGAAGCCCCAGGUUUGUCUACCAUUGUGGAUUUCCUGGGCAGAGUGGAGUGAAGGUGCUAAAGGCCAAGAAGACACUGAAGCAGUCUUUAAGAAAGCUACCCUAGCUGUCACAGGUGCUGACUCAGCAACCCUAAAGGAUAAGUACCUGGAUUGGGCUUAUCGAAGUGGUGGCUACAAAAAGGCAAGAGCAGUGUUUAAAAGUUUACAGGAGAGCCGACCAUUUUCAGUUGACUUUUUCAGGAAAAUGAUCCAGUUUGAAAAGGAGCAAGAAUCCUGCAAGAUGGUGAACUUAAGAGAAUAUUAUGAGAGAGCGUUAAGGGAGUUUGGAUCUGCAGAUUCUGAUCUUUGGAUGGAUUACAUCAAAGAGGAAUUGAAUCACCCUCUUGGUAGACCUGAGAACUGUGGACAGAUCUAUUGGCGAGCCAUGAAGAUGUUGCAGGGAGAAUCAGCAGAGGCGUUUGUAGCUAAACAUACCAUGUAUCAGGCUGGCCAGCUGUGAAAAGAGGAAGAACACAGCCCACUUUGUGAAAAAGUAUUGUAAGCCCUCUGGGCAGAUUGUCAGUUUGUAAUUUGCUUAGAGAUGGCUGAUGGGAUUUUGAGACAUAAUUUAAUUUUGCGUUGAUGUGUUAAUCUUUAAUUCCAAAAAAGAGGAUGAACUGUUUAGUAGCAGAAAGCUACUUGUUGAGGCUGAACCUGCUUCAGGUUCUAAAUGUUUUCCAAAAUAUAUGGAAAUCAUACAAGUGAGUUUAAUUUAUUAUACCCCACUCCCUGGUCAGUUAAAAUGGAGGAGGAAGCCCAGUUCUGCAUGUUUAUUUUCUCUUUGUUAUAAAAGUAUAUAUAGUAUGCAUUUGUUAUAGGAAAUAUGGGAGAAAAUAAACACAUCCUGUAAUGCCAUCAUCUGGAAUUAAAUUUAAUAAUUUGAUUUCCCUUAUCAGAAUUGGAUUUAUGCUCAUUCAUUCAUGCAAGGAAUAUUUGAGCUCCCACCAUGUCAGGAGAGAAGGAAGGCCUUUUGGGAUGGAGGUAUAGGAGUUGAAGGAACAGAGCUGGGUGUCCCAAGAGCUGGUUGAAGCAGUAGAGAAGGAGGUGCUGGGUACUGAGGAAAAGUUGUCCUUUAAGGAGGUUAUAACAUUAUAAAUUGUCUUCUGUCCCUGGGGCCAAUGAGCAGAGAAGUGUUGGCACUGGGGAGGCCCAGGAACAGAGAAGGGCCAGGGGAGGAAGUAGAUGAGAGCAGCACAGAAGGGCUUCAGAAGUGUGGUGUGAAAGGGUGGCUGGGAGGAGAAGACAUUCUGGGAACAGGGGAGGAAAUUAUUAGAAUUUUAUAUCCUUUAAGCAGGCCUUUGAACUGGUUCGUUCUUCUUCGAACCCCUGCUGAGAAUUUGUACUUUAACCACAGAUUUGCUGAAUCAGAAUCUAUACUUUAAAUAGUAUUAUAUAAUAAAUUUUGAGAACCACUGCUGUACCAGUGGGGCGCUGGUGGUGGAGUGGUUAAGAGCCAGGCUACUAACCAAAAGGUCAGCAGUUUGAAUCCAGCUGCUCUUUGGAAACCCUAUGGGGCAGUUCUCUGUCCUGUACGGUUGCUUUGAGUCAGAAUAUGAGCUGGAAUCAUCUCCGCAGCAGCGGGUUUGGUUUUUUGGCCUGGCUUUACCAGUGGUUCUCAGAAUUGGUCCCUAACCAGCAGUAUUAGCCUCCUCUGGGAACUUGUUAGAAAUGCACAUUCUCAGCAGGGGUUCCAAGGGAAUGAAGCCCUGCCUUUCCCUUCAUCUCAUGAUGUCACUGAGAGAAGCAUUCAGUGCAAUUUUAUGUUCAUGUCCAACUUAAUAUUGUUAUUUUUCCGUGUCAUUAAAUAGCCUUAAAAACAUUUAAUGGAUUACUAACACUCCAUUGUAUAAAUGAGCCAUUACUUAUUUUACUAAUCUCUUGUGGUUGGACCUUGUCAUUUCUAAUUUUUCUGUCUCAAAACACUGUAGUAAAAGAGUCUUGUAAACCUUUAUUCACAUUCCUGGUUAUUUCCUUAAGGAGAUUAAUAUUUGCCAGUGGAAUUACUGGAUAAAAGGAUAUAACUAAAAGAAUUUUGGUAUGUGUUGUCACCUUGGUUCUUGGAAGCAUUGCAUUAGAGUGACAACAUCUUUACCUGCACUGGCUGUUAUGUUUAUUUUCACCAUUUGAAUAGGUAAAAAGUGACAUAUCGUUGUUUUAAUUUGCAGUUUGUUGCUACUAGUGAGGAAACCCUGGUGGCGUAGUGGUUACGAGUUACGGCUGCUAACCAAAAGGUUGGCAGUUCGAAUCCACUAGGCACUCCUUGGAAACCCUAUGGGGCAGCUCUGUUCUGUCCUGUAGGGUUGCUAUGAGUUGGAAUCGACUUGAUGGCAAUGGGUUGCUAUUAGUGAAGUUAAUUUUUUUUUUAUGUUUCUCCUGUCUUUUCAUGUUCUUUGACCACUUUUUGAACUAUUCUUUUUUUCUUACUAAUAUACAAGAAAUGAUUCUUUAUAUAAAGAGUAUUAAUCUUUUGUCCCUGGUUUGUUGCAAAUAAUUUACCCCCAGCUUUUUUUUUUAAUGAUGUUUUUUGACAUUCAGAGGUAUUUUUGGUGGUUUGUAUUGUUUUUAAAAUACUUUGAAAGCCCUUUCCCUUGUUGAGGUCAACCGAUUUCCUCUCCCCCAACAGUUAACUAAUUUUUUGUGCACCAUUUAUGGCCGUUACUCUUCUCUCUACUGAUUUUGUGAUGCUACCUUUAUUAUAUAUUAAAUUUUCAUGAGUAUCAGAGUC